GAAGGGAGAUAUCGGAUUUGAUCAGACCCUUUAACCUACUAACAGUUUGUACUCAUUUGUAGUGUCGACUUGUCGUUUAAAUAAAAUGUCUGACGCUUUUCAUUUGCAAAGUUUGUUGAACAUUGGAAAAUAGUAAAAACCAAUUUACUUAUAUUAUAUUAGAAAUACUUUAUCUAUUAAAAAAGUUAUACUUCAUAAAAUAUUUUAACAAAUUUUGCAAAAAAUGUAUUGUUCUGUUACUUAAGUAUAUUGUUAUAAGCUUCAGGAAAAAGGCAUAAUGUCUGGAACUGAGGAUGCUUAUGCCCCAGAGGAGCCUACACCGGACAUUUCAAUGUCUUUAAUAGAUAUACAGAUGCCUGAAACGCCAGAAAGUACUAAAGGCCAAGCAAGUGAUGGAGAUACAUGUAGGUUAGAAAGUCCAAGAAUGCUUAAACCCGUUCUUGGUAAAGUUCAAGCUAAAAAGCGGUUAAUGGCAUUUGCAAAUAAGUUUAAUGUAUUACCAAAAGCCUCAAAUAAAUCUUCUGUACCUCAAGCGCAAGUUAUUGGUACUAUGAAAGAUAAUGCAGACAAUGAAGAUAAUACCAGCGAUACAAAAUUAAAGACAAAGAUAGAACAUAGCCAGCAUUCAUACAAUCGUUACUCAAAUAGUAGUAAAUUAAAAAAGAAAACAGAAGAAAAGGUUUUGGCAAUAGAAGAAAUUAGAAGAGAAGAGUCUAAAAGUAAAUUAUUACUGGCUGAAGCCAUGGCUGCAGCAAGUUUGGAAGAAGAAAGUUUUAACAGACAUAAUUCAACAAUGUGGGAAACCUCUAGAAAUUCGAAAGGAAGGUCUAGACAAAAGGACACAGUUUCUUCCCAUAGGGUUUCUAAUAAAUCUAUGAUGGAACGCAAGAGAAAACAACAUAACAAAGAAGGAAAAGAAGGAAGUGUAAAUAAACAAACAAAAGAACGGCAUGAGAGUAAAGAAAAAUAUUACUAUAAGGCGUCUCUUCAAAAUAGGGAACAACAAAGAAAAGAUAAGGAAAAGAAAGAUGAUAAAUGUAAACGAGAUGAAACCAAAGUAGAGUUAAACCGCGAUAAAAAGGAUGAUGGAAAAGAUAAAAAGGAAGGCCAUAAAGACAAGAAAGAAGAAAUAAGAGAAAAGAAGGAAGAAUCAAAGGACAAAAAGGAAAAACAAAAUGAUUUGCGAGAAAGUAUUGCAGAUGUAAAAAGUAAAAAAGAUAAAAAUAAAUUGAAAGAUAAAGAAAAAGAAAGAGAAAUAAAAAAAUAUGGGUCAUGGGCAGAAAUGAAAAAGUCAGGCGUAACUCUGGAUGAAGUCAUUCAAUUAAGAAAACCAGAAAUUUCAGAACGAUCCAUAAAAAGCAGGACAGUGCAAGAUUAUGCACGUUACUUAGAUCAGAUGUUGAUGUUGAAUAAUUAUCGUUUGAAACGUACUGCCUUAAUUGCUGAAGGACUAGAUGGACCUAAAGAGUUUCCCCCUGAAUCUAUCAAAUUAACAAAACGUGGACGGCAAUUAGUUUAUUGUGAAAAUCCUCGUGUUUCUCUUUUAUUAAAUCAACAGCAGUUACUUCAGGCUGUUACAUUGGAUCGUCGGGAAAAGCUGCGAGAUAUAUGUGAUGCAACAUCUAUACAAGUCAACAUAGAGGAUAAUGAAGAACUAUUGUGUUCUCGUAAUUGGUAUAAGAAAAUAAAUAUAAUUAAACCUAAUAGUGACUCAAAAUGGCAAUUAUCCAUUAAUGUAAUACCACCAAAAUCAAAGUGGGAUAGUGAAGAUGAAGAAAUUUCACAAGAAAAUGAUGAAAUAGAAAAUGAGGAAAAACAAAUGGAAAUAGAGAAUAUUAUUGAACAAGGAGACAAGGUAUCAACAUCGAUUUCUGAUUCACCUGAAAAUAGCAGAAAUGUAGAAAAUACAGACAAUCAGAAUAAUUCUGAUGUUAUAAAACCUGAAAUUCUAGAUAAAGCAUCUGUAUCUCCAAUCUUAUUAUCUGCAGGAAAUGAAAAAUUAGCUUCAGAAUAUGAGCAAUUCAUGAAAAUGGUGUGUACGGAUAUUCCUUUACCAGAUGCAGUAAAAACAGUACAAAAAUUUUCUUCAGAAAAAUGUUUGCUUAAAUCUGUAUCUCCAUCAAAUUAUCAUGAAUUUAAUAUAGAAUUAACAUCAUUGGAAGAUAAAUAUAACACUUUUUCUACAACAAAAAGUAUAGCAUGUGAAAAUCAAAAUAAAAUUACUAAUGAAGUAUUAACUGAGAAACAAUUGCAAGAAAAUGAAUGUCUAGAAAAUUCGUGUCUAACGUUUCAGCAUUCUGAACAUUCCAAUUUAUCAAUAAACUCGCAAGCUCCUAUGCAGGAAAAUGAAAGAAUAUUUGAAGAUGCAACUAUUUGUGAGGAAAAAGAAAUAGAAGAGUCAGAAUCUAUACCUAACGAUUGGGAAAAUGUUCGGAUCAAAGUAGAACACUUGAGCGAUGAGAAUUCUGAGUCAAGAAAAAGAAGAAGGAAGAAAAAACGCUUACAAAAUAAGACAUCUAGUAGCGAAUCAUCUAGUAGUAGUAGUUCCACAGAUUCUGAAGAUAAAAAGACAAAACGACGCCGUAACAGAAAAUUAUCACAGGAUUCAAGUUCAUCUGAUUCUGAUAGUAGCGAAAGUAGUAGUACUAGCAGUAGUAGCGAGUCUUUCAGCUCAGAUAGCAAACGAAGAAAGAAGAGGAGGAAGAAAAGAAAAAUUGGAAAAAGAAAAAGGAAAGCAAAAAGAAUAGCUAGAAUUAAAAAAAGACGUAGAAGAAAAAUAAGUUCGCCAUCGAGUAGUAGUGAAUCUGAUGAAAGGAGAAAAAGGAAAAAAAUAAACAAAAGGAAUUUAAAAAGCAGAAAAGUAUUGAAUGAAAAAGAAAUUGAUAGCAGAGAAUUAAUAAAUGAGGUUUCAGAUUCAACUAUUAAACAUACAUUGCAAAUACAAUCUGCAUCGAAAAAGAUUAAAGAAGAAAUGAAUGUGGAAAUGGUUCAAGGAGAAAAACAAAAUUUAUGGGAAAAUAAAAACAAAUCUGUAGUUAACAAAGAAAGUCAAGACAAAACUGCAGAUAAAUUCUUAGAAGAAUGGGAAGUAAAUUCAGUAAUUAUAGGUAAACGAUUUGAAAGUCAAAUUUCGGAAAUGAAUCGCGAUGUGAGUAAGUUAAAGGAUGACGAGCAAAAUAAGCUUAAAAAAAUGGACAGAGUAGACAAAAAUAUUAUCGCAAUUGAAAAACUGAAUGAGAAGCGAUCUGAUGACAAUUUCUCAGAAGGAAAGCAAAAAAUAGAUAAUGAUUUGGAUGAAAAAAAGAAAAGAAAAAAAGACAAGGAUAAGAAAAGUAAUACUGAAUUUCUUACUGAUUGGGAAAGAGAAAGUGAACGUAUAGCACGGCAAAUAAUACAGGAUGAUAUGAAGUUAUCGAAAAAGUUGGAGAAACACAAGAAGGAAAAAUGGAGAGAAACAGAAUUUGAUACUUUGAAUGUACCAUCAUUAACGCAACUCGAAAAAGAAGUUAGUAAAGGGCAACUAUUAGCAGAUGAUUGGGAAGUAGACAGUUUAGAAGCUAUUGCAGAUUUAACUGUUAAUAAGAGAAGAGCUUCUCAUAGUUCUAUAAAAAAAUUGGAAAAAGAAGUGAAAUAUGAUAAAAAAACGGAUACAUAUAUUGCAGUGGACAAAGAAAGUGCAAGGGAAAGUAGAAAGAAAAUAGAGAGAUUGUGUACUAUAAGAAUAUGGGAAGAUGAAGAAGAGGAAGGUGAGAAAGAAGCAAUGAUGCUCGUACAAGAGAAAAAUAAAAGAAAGAAAGAUGAUUGGGAUAUUGAAGAAGAAUCAUUUAUGCGUAUUAAUGAAAAAGGCAAAGAUAAUAUUGAUACAAGUAGUAUAACCAGUGCUACUAGCGCUGCUACAACUAUAGUUAGCGAUAUUAUUGAUAUUGCUUGCAACGCUCAAUCCGAUUUACCCAUUAAUUAUGUUAAAAAUAUUAAAGAUAGAAAUAGCAUGGAAAUGCUUGAUAAAUUGAAGGAAAAUGAAUUUAAUAUUAACAAAAAAAUUAAGAAAAGUCGUUGGGAUAUAGGAUCACAAUCUGAUGAGAAGAUGGAACUCAAAGCUUCUGUUAUGUGGGAAGAGGAAUGUGUUGAAUGGUCAAAUCGAACUAAAUCUGAACAUACAAGUAAUAGAACAUCCUUGGAUGUAUCUGAAAAGAUUUCAUUAAAAGAUAAGGUCAAAGAUGAUAUUUGCCAUGUUGUAAAUCAACCAUUAAAUGUUGAGGCCUUCAGUUCUAAAUACUCGGAAAAUCCUACAAAUUUUCUUAAAAGAAAACAAUCUUGUAAUUUGAAGUUGGAAGAUAAAAAAUUAUUAGAACAAUCAUGGAGUGAAAAUGCAAAUAUUGAUACAAUUAUAGAAAAGACAUCGAUUAUGAAUAAAAAAAAUCCAUGUACAGAACGGUUGAAAACUAUUCUGGAUAUUGAUAAUAAAUUAGGUCAAAGGAGCAUAGAGUUAUACAGUCCAAGUUCUCCAGCGCCGUCUCAGAAGUCUGAGGAUAUUGAAGCUUCUUCUAGUGGCAUUAAUUCAACUUCUUUGAGCAAGACUAGAUCACACGAAGACAAAAAUAAAGAAUUAUGUCAGAUGGAAGAAAAGUCAUUAUCUUCUUCCACUAUACCAUUACAAUUAAAGAAGUUUCAUGAAAAUAUAUGCAUAGCUCCUAAAAUAUCAACAUCAAAACAUAGUCUUCAAAAUAUGACUGUUCACUCAAAAACAGAAAAAUGUAAUACAGUUGUUGCUGAAAAUUCUGAAAAGUUGCUUAAUAAUUUACUUCUCAAUGAUUCAUGUUCAGAUGCACAUUCAUCUAAAUCUUUACAAAUGGAUAUGUUUGCUGAAUAUGAAACGGAUAUAUCUUAUAGUAAUGAAAAUGUUCCGCAUGUUGAUACAAAAACAGAAAUUAAUAUAAAAAAUGAUGAGACAAAUGAAGAAAAAGCAACUUUUAAACUUAUUCCAAAACAAUUUUUAAUUCGGCGCUCUAAUGAGCAUGAUAAAUCAAAAAAGACUGAAGUGCCCUUACUUGAUUCUGCACAACAAGUUGCAGCUCUUUUAACAAUCCAGAAAAAGCUCUUACAAUCGCAUAUACUAGACAGCGACAAAGAAGAUACAGAAUUUGUAUCUAUACAUGUAGCAGAUGCGAAUAAAACUCUUGAUGCCAAUAUUAUAAGUACUGAUGAAUGUUCUUCUACUGAUCAUCCUAUAACUGCCACUAAUGUUCAAUUGGGAUCAAAAGAAGAAAUAUUACAAAACGCCCAGCUACAAAGUACUCAUACAAAAUUUCAAACAUCCAACAUGUAUUCUGAUCAAAGUGAUGAAUACAAAAAUCAAGAUAAGAAAAAAGGUGAAAAUACUAAAACAAAUAAACUUACUAUUAUUGAAGAUAAUAGUGAUACAGACAUACCACAAAGUACAAAAUCUUUAGAUAGAGAGGAGAGAAGAAAGAGACCUCUUAAGCAGGAAGAUGAUAAACGAUACAAUGAUCGUAAUAAGGAUAAAAGAGAUAGAAAAAGUAAUGAAUUGAUGAGAGACAGAAUUGAUAAAAGAGAUUAUAAAGAGAUCAAAAGGUUGGAAUACAAUGAAAACAGAAGAAAAAUAAGCCCAAUGAGAAACAAGAGAAAGCACGUCGAUAGUCCGUGUACUUCUUGGGAAUGCGAAGGAAGUGGAAGUGGUAGCCAUAGCCGUAGCUGGAGUCGAAGUCGAAGUAAAAGUCCAAGAAGACGGGAUGAAACUAAUGUAUAUAUUCGAGAUAGAAAAUUAAGUAGAUCUACUAGAACAAGGAAUACAGACGAUCGAAAAGAUAGAUUUACACGAAGUCCAGAAAGAUCAAUUACUACUAGUUACAACAAAUCAAAUAAAAACAACCGUGAUGAAUGGAAUAAAAGAAAAUAUGAUAGUAUGGAGAAAAAUCGAGAGAAAGAAAUGAAACCAUAUGAUCCAAUCGAAAUUUUAAGGGAAAGAAAUAUGGAACUUAAUAAACAUUCUGAAAAUAGAGUACAAAUUGAAGAAGAAACAGAUCAAACAUUUUGGCAAUUUGAAAUGGAUAAUGCUUUACGCGAUGGAGAAUCUUUGGAUUCAUUUAGUAAUCAACAGGAUAUGAACUUAGAUUAUAAUAAUAGAACUUACUAUAGAGAUGAAAGCUUAGAAAGAGAAAUUAUGGAAGGUCCUAUUUCCUCUAGGCGAAGCAAAAAACAAAGAUUAAACAUACGAAGAGAUAUGCAGUGGGCAAAAGUAGGCGAUUCUAUGCGAAGAACAGAAAAACUCCAGAAAAGGUCACGACUAUCUCCAUGUUUAAGACACUCACCAUCCGGAUUAUCCGUGGACAGAUUUAGAUGCGUAUCAAGAUCGCGAUCAAGAUCGUGGUCUCGAUCAAGAUCGCGAUCAAGGACAAGAUCAAGGUCAGGAUCAAGAUCAAAAUCACGGUCGCGAUCGAGGUCAUGCUCACGAUCAAGAUCAAAAUUGCAGUCAAGAUCUAGAUCAAGGUCUAGAUCGACAUCGAGAACCAGAUCGAGGAAACGAAGUCCCGAAUAUGAAUUAAGAUUAUCUGAAACACUUCGUCUCUCUCGGUCACCAUCUUUAUUAAGGGAUAAGAUCAAUGGAAGCAUGAGAGAAAGAAAAGAAGGAAGAGAUAGUAGACAAAAUUGUGAAGAAACUGGUAGACGUAUAGAGACAAUUGUGCAGUCAACAUCCAGUGUAACGAGGGUAACGGCAGAUUCUACUGUUAUGGAUACAGAGAUGCAGAUUAGUAGCGGUGUUGAUAACGUACCUUCAAAUUUUCAAUAUUCCGGUGUGAACGAGUCUAGUAAUGAUUACUAUUAUACGGAGAAUAACUUAACUUAUCCUCCUUGCAUAGAUGAUACUGUUGCAAGUUCUCCAAAACGUUUAUCGCUUGACGACAGAUUGGAAUUAGAAUUAGGAAUUAAAAAGCAACAUGAACAAGAAACAAAUAUACUCUCUGAUUAUUCCAAUAAUUUUAAUCCAAAUACUGUUGUAUAUCCAUCUCCUCCACCACAACAGCCACAACAAUUGUAUCGCCGUCAACCUACAGUAUUGCAGGUGGGCAAUGUUUUACAAGUGGUACCUGCAGAUUAUAACGGAAUAUCUCCAGCACGUACAGAAAUACCUGUUAUUACAACACCUCCAAUCGUACAUGGAUCCAGUCAAGUUGUACGAGUUGGUAAUGUCCUUCAAGUAGUACCAACGUCUUUAGAUUGGAGCGGUGGUACACAGUCAACUGUAGAUCAACCAGGAACAACUUCAUAUUCUACUGAUCCAUCACCUUCUCCUGUUUCAGUUCCAAUUUCCGUUCCUGUACCCGUUCCUGUCCCUAUGCCCGUACCCACUAUUCCUUCUGUAGUAUCAACGCCAACACAAAGUUCUACCUUGUCCCCAGUGCCUUUAUCUCUAUCAAUUCCUGUACCUGCACCUGUACCAAUACCUAUUUCUGCAGCAACAUAUCCAAGAUCAGAAAUUACAGUACAGAAAGUAUCAGCACAACCAGUAUAUAAUUAUGAAGCAAUACUUGAAGCUCGCCGAAAAGAAAGAGAAGAACGUAAGAGAUUGCGCGAAAUGCGUAGAAAAGAAAAAGAACGCAGACGAAUAGAAAAAGUUAAUCGAAGAGCACUUCGACUUCUUGAGAAGAAAACAAUAGGUACACCGCAAUCAGAGAAUACAACUUUAUCAGAUAAUCGAAAAAUACCACCAUCUAUAGAUCGAUCGGUUAUAAAGGCUCUUCAUGAAGGAGAUGAAGAAGCUACUUUAGAUGGCCAGUCAGUAAAGGAACCAGAUAAUUCAGUUUCUUUAAUAACUUCUGUAGAAGAAGAAGAAGAUGUUGCAGGAGAUGAUGACGAGGAUGAUGAGGAAGAAGAGGAAGCGGAAGGAGAAGAUGAAGAUGAAGAUUACGAAGAUCCUGAAGAUGAUGAAGAAGAAGAGGAAUUAAAUGAUCAGAAGUCAAUAUCUAAAACAGACAAUCGAAAGGAAGAGAUUAAAGAGAUAGAAGUGCCACUAAACGAUAUGAACACAAAUCAAGCAGAAUCCAAACCGAAAGAUUGGCCGUUAUUACCUGUAGCACCUUUAAAAGGAAUACUUAUAUCACCUGGUUUUAGGAAAGAUACAUUUUCUAAUGGAAAUAUAGAUAAUCUUUCUACAGUAGAUGGGGAGAAUGAAGAUUGUAUAGAUAAAGACGAGGCUGAUAUAGAAAAAACAAGUGAUAUAAACAAAGGAGAUAAUACCUCUGAGAAUAAAAUUAAUAUGACAAAGCAUAAAAUGAAGUUAAAGAUAAAAGUAUCGCAAAAGAAAAAAAGAACAAAAAAAUCUGUGCAAUUUGCUGAUGGUGUGAAACCUGGUGAAGGAACUAGUCCUAGUGGUGGAGAAGGAGAUAUGCCAUCUCCACCUCCUCCUUCAAGUACGAUUUCUCAAGACAGUCCUUGUGACUUAAAAAGGUCACUUUCUAAAAGAAUAAAAAAAGAGAAGAGAGCAAGACAUCCCAAAACAAAGAAAAAAGUCAAAGUAAAAAUAAUUAAAUUAAAGAAACCACGCGUCACUCCUUUGUCUGCUAUGAUGAUAGAGGAUUCUGAUGAAUUGGAUGAUCUUCCACCGCCGCCGCCACCACCAGGUUCUCCUCCUCCUCCAAAUUUAUGGCCCAGUUAUCUUUCAGCAUAUAGUGGAACAGUUAGAGCUACUGAAACACAAUCAAUUGUUUCAACACCAACUCCAGUACAAGCUCCACCACCACCAACUCCAUUACCACUUUUAGUUCCUCCACCGCCAUUAAAUUAUACGAUACAACCUUGUACUAAGGCGUAAGUGUUUAAUCGCAAUAUGUCUACUUUUUUAUUGGAACUUCGAUUUUGUCUUACUGUACAAUUCUUUUAUAUAGUAAUUAUGAAAUAGCCAAUUUAUACCAGUUUUUCUCCAUGAAAAAAUAAAAAGCAACAUAGGAUAUUUGGUAUGAAGGAAAGUAAUGAAGCAUU